AUGGAAGAGCUUGAUGAGUUGCGCAAUGAAGCAUAUGAGAAUGCGCGCAUCUACAAAGACAAAGUGAAGAAAAUGCAUGAUCGUCGUGUCGUGCAAAAGGACUUCCACCCGGGCAUGAAAGUACUGUUGUUCAACUCACGGUUGAAACUUUUCCCUGGAAAGCUCAAGUCCCGUUGGAUUGGUCCAUUCAUAAUCAAGGAAGUGCUCAAUCAUGGAGUCCUGGUGUUGACCAAGGAAGGCACCGACGAACAAUUUACAGUCAACGGGCAUAGGGUGAAGCCCUACCUGGAGCAUGAAGUGGUUGCUGUUGUAGUGGAGUCUCAAGCACUCCACGACCCAUCUUGUUGA